CCAAACUGUGCACAUGGAUAUUUUAUUUCUUCAAAAUACAGUAGUUUAGUUUUUUUUUGUCGUAGGCUGUGAAAAGUUUAAGUGAAAGAUUAAGAAUUUCAGUACAAACGUUGAGCUGGAAGUUACCUUAUAAGCCAAAUAAAUAUAGACAAAAUUGUGCAUUUGCUAUUAGUUAUAUUGUAGUUCUGCUUCCAUUUAUAUUUACUUGGCGCAAUUUUCUUGCUGGCAAUGUAAUCACACCGAGCUGACGACAAGUGCUAGUGACCUAGAUUUUGGGAGUCCUGCGCUUGAGAGUAACGCCACACCACCGCCACCGCAAUCCUGCUCCGCUCGCCAGUGCCAGUGACUGUGCCUGUGAAUCCUUCCCGCAGCAACAAAGUAAAGGUCACAAAUCGCGAGGCAAGCCUUUUUUUGGGUUAGCGGAGUCGGAGAUCACAACGAGCUUAGUCCCCCCCACUAUAUAUGACUGGGUGACCAGGACCUGACAUGCGUAACAACAGCGGCUAUAGUAUCCCGGCCAGCAACAGUCUGAAUCUGAACAACAAUGGAGCCCCAGCGCCACGUUACUGCAAUGCGGACAAUACGUUUUGCUACUACAACUACGAUAACUGCAACCUGAUCGCUCCCACUUGGGGCAACCGCCAGAAUCAGAAUCCGAGUCAAAAUCAAGUACCCAACCAGAACCACAAUCUGCCGUCAAAGAGAAUUCCCACCAAGCAAGGAGCCAGAUCGAGCUACCAUCAAUCGGCGGCCAAUUCGGCGCCGGAUUCCUCAAUCUAUACCGAUGCAUUUGGCCAGCAUUCGCUAGUCAACCAGCGGAUAGCUGGCAACAAGAGCUGCGAGUACGUCUACCAGACUGUUCGGCGAUCGGAGGAUCAGCAUUCCAAUAGACAGUACAAGCUGACAAGGCCCUAUGCCGCUGACAAGGAGCAACAGCCGAUGCUGCUGCAGCCAUCCAUCGUUUACUUCGAUCCGGAGCUAAAGAAACGGAAAGCCCGAGGGGGACGCGUGACGUCCGAUUAUCUGGACAAUAGUCCGGACAGAUAUCGGGCCCUCAAUUCCCCCUCACCAGAGCCAACCUGGGAUAACAUACUCUCAGAGCGGCCGGCGCAGUAUCAGACGACGAAUCAGCACUAUCAGCACUAUUUUUCGUACUUUUACAAUCGUGGAGCGGAGAAACUGUCCAAGCCAACGUUUGCCGUUGCCAAUAGCCGCAAACUGCCAAUGAGUAAAUUUCAAAAGCCCAGCGCCAGUCGCAGAGAUUCUCGAGAUGUAGAUGACACCGUCAUUAUUGGUCGGAGAGACAAUUCUGAGGACAGAAGCUGGCAGAGUCCAAAAUAUGAGAAGCAUGUGCUGAAGGAGAAGCUGCCGAGCAAUGAUUUGGAAGGCGAUUACCUGGACAACGACUGGGGAGACCCUGGAAGUGGCGAGGAUUACAGGGAUAUAAAAGAGGUCUAUGACCCCGCUGUUGUUAUUGAUGACGGGCUGGAGCAGGUCCAUCGGCGCUAUUGCAGAAUGUCCGAGAAUGCGGCCCUGGAUGAUUGCGGAGAUGCUCUGAUUAAUAACAACAAUAAUGAACUGAAGGUAAUGCGGAAGGCGACGGAUCAGCCCGUGCCCCGGUUGCCAAUGACGCCAAAGAGGGCCAAAGGGGGUGCCGUGCCCGCCAAGAAGCCAAUGCCCACGGUUCAUCGGGUGCUGCUGUACAGCACUCAAAGUCCUCGGAUGGGCCGCAAGCAACAGUUCACCACCCAGCGUCUCAGUAUGAAGCCACAGAGCGCCAAGACUCUGGGAGGAGGCGAUGAGGGACAAACGGUCAUAUUGCUGGAACCGGAAGACAAGCCGGAGGACAACCGCAGUGCCAUAGACUUUGAGCGUAACGACGACUUCGACGAAGAUGAUGACCUCGACAAUCUUUCAAAUUUCGACGAAAGCGACUCGGCAAGUGUACUGUCAGACACGGAGGAUGGCUAUCGUGCCCAUGCCUACAAGCUCACACACUCGGUGGAUCGAUUUUUAUCGCCCCAAGGCACUCCCAGCUUUUCGUCUUCUCAGUCUUCCGAGGACGAUCUUAAAAAUCCGGAAUCCCUCCUGGUUCCCAGUUUGUUUCCCUACGUGCCCCCCUAUUUGUCCUUCUCGUCGAACACAAAAAAGGGUCCCCGGGUGCCGCCGGAUCUUCAUCGAGUACUCAAGUGGCGCAUCACAAAUAUAAUGCCAAAGGUCGUUCGGCUGAUACUCGCCAACAGCGGGAUGCGAAUGCUGAAGAAAACCAACGAUUGGAUGGGUGUGUGGGGCAAGCACUUAAAGUCGCCGUGUUUUAAAGCCAUUCGUUCAUAUCAAAAAAUAAAUCACUUGCCCGGCUCAUUUCGUAUUGGCCGAAAGGAUUCGUGCUGGAAGAACCUGCAAAGGCAGAUGGGUAAGCACAGCAACAAGGAAUUCGGAUUCAUGCCGCGCACAUACAUUAUUCCAAACGAUCUGGGUGCAUUGCGCCGGCACUGGCCGAAGUAUGCCCAGCGAAAUACGAAGUGGAUAAUAAAGCCACCAGCUAGUGCUCGAGGGGCUGGCAUCAGAGUUAUAAAUCGAUGGGGCCAGAUCCCCAAGAGAAGACCGCUUAUCGUCCAGAAGUACAUUGAACGGCCACUACUUAUCAAUGGAAGUAAAUUUGACUUGCGUCUUUAUGUCUUGGUUACAUCCGUAAAUCCCUUGCGUGUUUUCAUGUACCACAACGGAUUGGCUCGAUUUGCUUCUGUGAAGUACAGUGCUAAGACGGACACUUUAAACGAUCGGUGUAUGCAUUUGACCAACUACAGCAUCAAUAAGUUUUCCUCAAACUAUUCGAAGAACGAAGAUGUCAAUGCCUGUCACGGGCAUAAGUGGACCAUCAAGUCUCUGUGGACGUACUUGGCAAACCGAGGGGUUCGUACCGACUGUCUGUGGGAAGCUCUCAGAAGUUUAGUCCUUCGAACGAUUCUCGCUGGCGAGAAUGGCAUUAAUAGCAUGAUUAGAGCAAAUGUAGAGUCAAAGUACAGCUGCUUCGAGCUGUUUGGCUUUGAUGUGAUUUUGGAUUCCGACCUUGUUCCUUGGCUUUUGGAAGUUAAUAUAUCUCCCAGCUUACACUCUGAACUGCCACUAGAUGCCCAUGUGAAGGCGCCUUUGGUUCAGGGCGUCCUUAAUACUGCACUGUACAACGUACCUCCAAAACUAUCUUUGGAUAAGCAAAAAGAACUGGCUGCAGAAUUUUCAUUUCCUCCUGGCACCCAAAUGUGCUAUGACAAACGUCUUUAUAUAAAUUAUUUAUCUCGCGAAGAAAAGGUUAAACAUAACACCUUCACAAGAAAGUCUAUGGAAGAUCGGAAUGAGUAUGUAAAUGCGAUCCUGAACAAUCUAACUCCCGAUGAUGUGAGGUGCCUUAUCAUAGCAGAGGAUGAAUUAGCGCGGUGUGCACCCUUAGAGCGCAUUUUUCCAACUGAUCAAACCCAUAAGUACCUUAAAUACAACGACAGCCCGCGGUAUUACAAUCGCCUUUUGGAUGCUUGGGAAUCGCGCUACGCUAACAAUCGCACGGAAGGCAUUGCGUUGUUGCGCGACUAUUGUCAAAACAAAUAUCAUCUUCAGGUCCCAACACCUCCAGCCAAAAAGUAUAUUGAAGGUGAUCACACUGCAUACUCCUUACACCUGAGUCCAGAACAAGACUUUCUUUCAACUUCAGGAUUACUUCAUCAAGUUUAUGAGAUGGAUUUUAAAGUGACAGUCGCUGCCAUCGUAUUAUUGGUAGUCUUUAUUGUUAUCGUUAGUGCAAUUACAUUAGUAUUAAUAACAUAUGUAUAUAUUUGAUAUUUAAUAUUAAUAAACUCUAAUGUAUUUGUAAAUAGGUUAUUCAAAUAUUUAAAUCAAAAUGUACUCUGUUGGGACAUUACCGAAAUUGCAUAAUUCGUAACUAAAUUGUGAUCUUGUUUUAUAAAAUAGAUUGGAAUAGUGUUAUUGCUACAAGUGAAAAUAUUAUAUAAUUCUUAGAAAUCAGUAAAUUCGUUGUAAUUGAUUUAUUAUGGUAAACUGCCAGUCAUUUAUAACACAAUAAGUGAGGUGUUUACAAACAAAAUUAUAAUAAAGUCUAAUAAAUUCUCCAUUAACGUUAAGAAAACAUAGUGUUGUAUUUAUUAAAUUAUAUUAUUUCAAACUAAUUUAAGGUGCUACACAACACAUUUUAUUCACAUCUUUUUACUCUUUAAGCGGGCUUAUUGCAGGAAAUAUCGUAUGAAAUAUUGGGAAGGGUUCUGCAGAUUGCUUUUUGUUGUUUUAAAAUGAAAAUUAUAAUUUUUUAACUGUUAAAUAAGUGGGCGUUUGAAAGAUCAAACUGCAGGCUGGAAGACGUUUUAUUAAAAAAUGUAUUUACUUGAUAUAUUUUUUGGUUAGUCUCUACAGUAUUUUAAAUUUGGGAAACCUUCAAAUAAAAUUACAAGUUCUGCCAUAAGUUUUCAAAAUAAACAUUUUACCUACCUCCUUAGUACUUAAAUUAGGUUUUAAGACAAAAACAGCUAUGAACGUUUAGAGUCAGAGGAAUCUUUUUUCUACAUUUUAACAUUUUUGAUAUUGUAAGAAGUUUUUAAAUUCAUUCAGCAAGUGGUCGAAACUUUAGAACCAUUGCAAAAAUGUUGAUCACCAAAUCAUCAUUUUUGAAAAACAAAUUUAUCGCAGAAAAUGUGCUGAAGCAAUUUACAGACCGAUCCAACCUACAGUGUGAACAGCAAAGAUUCCAAGACAUUUUUUUUUUAUUAAUAACGUUUCCUCCGAAACUUUAUAAAACAUGUAAAUCUAUUCACCUAUAAGCAUCUAUCACUAAACCCAAUCAGUGGUUAUCACCUAGUCUGCGAAUUCUAAGCAAUACAAAUAAGAUAUUUUUUAUAAAAUAACUUUUUUUUAUAUCAAUCGGUAAGUACUGACUUAUCACAAUAAAACAAACGUACGCAUUAAAAAUAAUUCUUAAAAAUACAUUGUGUAAAUUUGUUACAUUUUUUAGUUUUGGAGCUCUUUGAAAAAAAAAAGAUAUGUUUAAUGUCGAUUGAAAGAGCUACCAAACUUGAAUUAUUUUUUUUUUUAAUUGAUUAGCUUAAUUUUACAUAAAAAAUAUUUUAUUUUAGAGCCUCUUACUGUAGUUUGUUUUUUUAUAUAGAGAACCAAACUUUCAAAGUAUGUUGUUUAGAAUAUUUCCAUUAUGUGAUUUAUUACAUUUUGUAUUAUGUGAUCUGUUAUAACUUUUGGACUCCUGCUUGCUUCUUUAAAAAUCCAUGCAUGCCUGUGACCUACGCAGUGUUCAAAAAUUGCAUUUAUUUAUGAGAUUGGGUUUUAUACAUAGUCCUUGCAUAUAGUUAGUUUUAAAGCUUCGGAAAUCCGAUAGUAUUUUUAAUCCUUUUUUAUACUUAAAUUUUCUUUUUAAAA